UAGGAAACUUCAUAGAGGGAGGAGAAAACGGAAGGCGAAACCUAACACACAAAAAAUGGCGGAGAGGUUGGGAGCAGCAGAAGAGACUGUUCCCCACACAACAACGAAGCUCGUCGUUUUGGCUGAUCUCAACGUCGACCCUCCCGAAGCCGAAGCAGACGAAGACGAUUCUUCACUGGUCCCUCCUCCACCAAUCACCAGGUUGACGAAUGAUGAAAACGGUCAAGAUAAGAGUUUGUUGUCCAAAGACGCUGACAGCAUUGAAGGUGAAAGUAAAAAGUUGAACAAACUCGGCAAAUGCCGCUCCAGACCUAGCAAGACGGAUUCUUCUCUUGAUUGUGCAGCUGAUGCAGAUGGUGAUCAACAUGUUCAAGGGACUCCUUCAUCUCGGGAGGAAAAAGUUAGCAGUAUGAAGACUGGCUUGAUGCAUGUUGCAAGGAAGAUGCCCAAAAAUGCUCAUGCUCAUUUUAUACUUGGCUUGAUGUACCAAAGAUUAAGCCAACCUCAAAAGGCUGUAUUGGCUUAUGAGAAGGCAGAAGAGAUCUUACUCAGGUCUGAGGCUGAGAUUGAUAGGCCAGUGUUACUUUCUUUAGUUCAGAUUCACCAUGCACAGUGCCUGAUACUAGAAAGUUCAUCAGAAAAUAGUUCUGAUAAAGAACUUGAGUCUCAUGAACUUGAAGAGAUUCUUUCUAAACUGAAAGAGUCAGUGCAGUCAGAUAUCAGACAGGCAGCUGUAUGGAACACACUCGGUUUUAUUCUUCUUAAAACUGGUCGUGUGCAGAGUGCUAUCUCAGUUUUGUCAUCAUUGUUGGCCAUUGCACCAGAGAACUAUGAUUGCCUAGGAAAUCUUGGGAUAGCUUAUCUUCAAAUUGGAAAUAUGGAAUUAUCUGCAAAAUGUUUUCAAGACUUGAUUCUAAAAGAUCAAAACCAUCCUGCAGCUCUGGUCAAUUAUGCUGCCCUUCUUUUGUGUAAACAUGCCUCGGUUGUAGCAGGUGCUGGUGCAAGUGCUGCUGAAGGUGCCACAGCAGAUCAGAUCAUGGCUGCUAAUGUUGCUAAGGAAUGUUUGCUGGCUGCAAUUAAAGCAGAUAGCAAAUCAGCUCAUAUUUGGUCAAAUCUUGCUUAUGCAUUUUCUAUUUGUGGCGAUUAUCGAAGUUCCAGCAAGUGCUUGGAGAAGGCAGCAAAACUGGAACCCAAUUGCAUGUCUACUCGUUAUGCUGUUGCUGUCCACCGAAUAAAGGAGGCAGAAAGAUCUCAAGAUCCUAGUGAACUGCUUUCAUGUGCUGGAAAUGAGAUGGCUUCUAUAAUAAGAGAUGGUGAUUCAUCUCUGGUUGAGCUUCCAAUAGCAUGGGCUGGGCUUGCCAUGGUUCACAAGGCCCAGCAUGAGAUAACGGCAGCAUAUGAAAGUGAACAGCCUGGGCUGAUGGAAGUUGAAGAGCGCGCUGUUUGCAGUUUAAAGCAGGCUAUAGCAGAAGAUCCACAUGAUGCUGUGCAGUGGCACCAACUUGGCGUUCAUAGUCUUUGUGCACGGCAAUUCAAAACGUCACAGAAGUACCUCAAAGCUGCUGUUGCCUGUGACAAGGAUUGCAGCUAUUCAUGGUCUAACCUAGGUGUCUCCCUUCAACUAUCAGAACAACAAUCACAAGGCGAAGAAGUAUACAAGCGGGCAUUGUCUUUGGCAACAACUCAACAAGCGCAUGCUAUACUAUCCAACUUGGGAAUUCUCUAUCGCCAUCAGAAACAAUAUCAACGCGCGAAGGCUAUGUUUACGAAGUCACUUGAAUUACGGCCAGGGUAUGCUCCUGCAUUCAACAAUCUGGGUCUUGUGUUUGUUGCCGAGGGUCUUUGGGAAGAGGCCAAGUAUUGUUUUGACAAAGCCCUUCAAUCAGAUCCAUUGCUUGAUGCAGCGAAGUCUAAUUUGAUUAAGGUGGCUGCCAUGUCAAAGUUGUGCAAAGGUCUGUCCGCAUGCACUCUUAAAGAAUGAUGUUGUAGUCCCUGAAGGAUAGAUUAGUUUUUAUUUUCUUCUGUUCGACAACCAUUUAUAAUAUUAAAUUAAAGAGAAUGCAAUUGUAUUACGUGCUUUAAAAUGUGCAAUUAAGUAAAUAUAUUUUUCAAGCUAUACAAUUGUAUAGGCCCCUUGCGGGGGUGCAAAUUCCUGAAAAGAAAUAAAAGUAUAGUGAAAAACGAACGUAAAACGAACCAAAGGGACCCAAUGUUCAAUGUUUUUAUUUUAAUCUUUCACUAUGUUUUGAAUAUUUAAAUCAGUCUGAUUCACUCCU